UGUGUUCCGAGGAAUGCGGAAAUGAGAGAUGUAGGUAAACUGUUUUAAGCGUUUCACUCUUUAGAGUGAAGCAUUGAUACGCAUCACAUAGUAUCGACAUUCAAAUAAGCAUAACAGAAACACAAGAGACGAUAGCUUCAUUAAUUAAUCUUUAUUCGAGAUGUGUUUUUCCUAAUCUCAUUGCUAGCACACCUGUCAUUUAUGAAAUGCCACCUGGCGGCUUAACAAUGUCGUCGAUUACGGUCACGUGACUUUGUUUUCUCCGCCAUUUUGAUUGAGACUAACUUCCUGAGAAAAGACAUUUGACCAAUGCUGGUUCCAAAACAGCGACAUAUAACUAACUUCAAUGGAGUAGACACCAAGUUCAAGGCUUGUUGACAUUUAACAGCAAGUCAAACCGUGCCAGUUGGCGAUGGAGCACAGUCUAUGAAAGUGACAGGUUGUCAAGUGAGAGAAGAAGGAAAAAGGAUGAAUGUAGCAGAGUAAACCCUGAGUGCUGUGGAGGCUAACGGCUGACAUUCUCACUGUGUAGAUGAUGAAUCGGGAGGAGGUGUAUUGCCUCUAGUACAUACUGACUUUAUGGAACUAGUACAAAGUACAUGUGUGUGCUUCUAAUUAUAUGGAGAGGUUUUUAGAAUGUUAAAUCUGGAUUCGGUUAAAUAGGCCUUACCAUCAUCGUUGUCCAUGAUGCGAUAGUGAAUGGGUGAAUUUGGACAUAUUCCCGAGAAUAGUAGAAUGGAUAGUAUUGUACCCACAUGUACUGACUGGUCGUCAGUGUAUAUUCCAAGUUGACAUUCUGUAUUGCAUCACAAGCUAUGGACCUUGUUUUCUCCACAUAGCCCGAUACAUUGGGAAUCAGUGUGGUGGUGUAGCUGAUGCCUGCCGUGUUAUAGAAUUAUUCCAAUACACUGGUGGAGUAGCAGGCAGAUUCUGAUGUCUAUCGUCAGCUUUUCCUUAUGCGCCGUAUUGAAUUUGUCACCAGCAAUUUCUGGACACCAACGAAGCACCGAAGCACCGUAUAUAAACAGAUAAAAGUGAUCAUUCUGUGAGCCUACCAAACAGCCAAAUAUGUACAAAGCCAUUAUUCUGUGUGGAAAGAGAAAUCUGGGCUGUUUGCUAUUAGGCAACCUUCAAAGAGGAUAGUUUUUCUUGUAACUGCAUUUAUAAGUCAGAAAUUUCUUCCAAUAUAUCCAGAUAAGGCUUUGUGGCGAAUACUGGCUGGCAAUUUUGCACUCUGUGUGUAUCCUUCAGUUCAUCAUUCAGUUCAUCAAGUAUAACUGAAGGUAGUGGUUCAAUGUUAAUUUGGUGGAAUAUUGUGAGGUAAAUUAUUCAUUGGAGUUGAAUAUAUCUCUUGCUGGAUUUAGCAUUUACCGGAAUUUUUUUUUAAAACUUUGAAGUUGAAGCUAUUCAGCAACUUUGCUGGAAUAUGUAUGCUAAGAGGUUCUUAUUCCAGGAUUUGUGUAUAUAUGUAGUGUUUUUGAUCUACAUUUGAAUACCUGUCAACUGAUUUUCUGUGGGUUUUUCUGAGGAUUCUUCACUGGAAUGCAUGAGAAUACUCAAAUUUUGUGUUGGUUGAUGCUGUAGUAUAACAGUAUUUACAUACUGUACAUUUUAGAUAUAUUGGAUGUACAAUCUUGAUCAACAACAGACAAUGAGACAGCUUUAUGUGGAAAUGUCAGUGAAUGUCUGCAAGCAAUCAUUUUCAUAAAAAAUAUAUAAUUAAAUAAAAAAAACCAUGGCUACUAUUGCUACGACAUCCAUCGGCCCAACUGUGGUGAUUGCCACUGCAGAAACAUCUGAUCCAGGGGGUUCCCCACGUGGCUCGUUAGGAACUGUCUCUGAAGGUACCGCUUCCUUAGGUACCACAGUUGACCUAGAUCCUGACCCUGAAGAUCAAAGUCAACAUGAGCUGCACACUAUGUCCAUGCGACUGGUGUCUGGCGGCACGUACAAUGUUCGGGCAUCGGAGAUGGCUGCCCAUCUUCAGGAUCGUCAGCCAAAGACGGUGCAGUGUAUCGUACAUUUUCUAGACGAUAGCGAGGAACAGUUUGAAAUUGAUAAACGUGCAAAAGCACAGCAUUUACUGGAUAAAGUGUUUGACCACCUGGAGCUGGUAGAGAAGGAUUACUUUGGUCUUCAGUUUGUUGACUUGUCACCUGCUCCAGACCACAUGGUCGGCCAUAACUACAUGGCACCAAGUACAUACGCACUGAGGUGGCUGGAUCCACUUAAAACUAUCAAGAAACAGUGUAGAGGUCCUCCCUUCCAGUUCUUUUUCCGUGUAAAAUUUUAUGUAUCAGAUCCAAGCAAGCUGUCGGAAGAGUAUACAAGGUACCACUUUUUCCUACAAGUGAAGCGAGACAUACUAGAGGGAAGGCUGGUUUGUCCCCCCAGUACCGCUGCUCUGCUGGCUAGUUACGCAGUCCAAUCUGAGCUUGGAGAUUAUAAUCCAGAAGAACAUCGGGACAACUACCUCACUGAAUACCGAUUUCUCCCCACACAGACGGAGGAGUUUGAGAAACAAGUGUCUGAACAACACAUACAGCACAGGGGCCAGACUCCGGCUGAUGCUGAGUACAACUACCUGGACAAGGCAAAACGUCUGGAAAUGUAUGGAGUUGAUCUCCACAAUGCACGGGAUCAGAGUAAUGUAGAUAUACAGCUAGGUGUGACCUCUAUAGGACUGGUCGUGUUCCAGAAUAACGUCAAAAUCAACACAUUCCCAUGGGCAAAAAUAGUAAAAAUAUCCUUUAAAAGGAAGCAGUUUUUUAUACAGCUUCGACGAGAAGUGAACGACGCUGUAGAAAACUUGAUAGGGUUUAACAUGGUGAGCUAUCGAUCUUGUAAAAACUUAUGGAAGUCUUGUGUGGAACAUCACACGUUUUUCCGGCUUUAUGUUCCGAAUCCUCCUACCAAGAAAAUUUUCUCUAUUGGAUCGAAGUUCCGAUACAGUGGAAAAACAGAGUUCCAGACAUUGGAAGAAAGCAAGCGGCGAACUAAACUGGAUCGUUCAUUUUCCAGGUCGCCAAGUAAAAAGUUUGCUCGACGGACAGUAGGAGGACAUACAACAAAAGUGAUUAUGGAAGAAAGGAACUUUAUAGAUGGACAUCGGAAUAUCCCUAAAUCACAGACGUUCUCGGGUCUUAGUAGUGAUGGUUCACGAACAAUUCCUGCAGGUGGCAACCAUUCCUUCAAUAGAUACGACAGUGUCAAUAACCAAAUGCGGGCAACAUUACCGCACGACUACAAAGUUGGAUCAUCAGCACGUGGAUCUGUGCAUUCGGAAAAAUCGGACGAGUAA